CUCUUAUUGUGAAAGAGCAGACCGGAAAUCUAGACCGCUGCAUUACCCUUGCCAUGGGCACCCAUUCGAUCAACAAAAUGAAGCCUCUAUUAUCAUUUCAAGCAACAGUUGUUUCUUCUGUUUUGUUGUUCGCGUGUGUCGACUUUGGCCGGUGUAACAACGGCAGGAGGGUUGGAGAUGUUAUGGACGCAGAAUUCAAUGACUUCUCUUUCCCUCUAGAACAUUCUUUUGAAGUUGACGAAGUGGCCAAGUUCCAGGUACGUGGAGCUCUGGUGCUGCGAGCAGGUAGGGAGCCCAGCGUGUCCCUAAGUCAGAACCAGCUGUCAGAGGCUGACAGAUUUAAAUUAAAGGAAGUGGCUGCUGUGGACGGUCUGUAUCGAGUCCGAGUGCCUCGGGUGUCCCUGCAGGCUGAAAGACAGACGGAGCGGCAGAUGGAAGGUUACCUCACCGCUUUCGUCAGAGCCUGUGCCAUGGUAGAGUCCCACCUGAGCGAUGUCAUCACCCUCCACACCGACGUCUCGGGCUACCUCAUCGGCAUCUCCAUCGUCACGUUACCAGGAGGCUGCGGGGGUGCUGAGGUGGAGGACGAGGUAGAUCUGGAGGUGUUCAACACAACGCUCAGCGUCAUGGCGCCCGUCAACGCGCCCGGACCUGAAACGGCUCUCUUCCUGGAGCGCAUGGAGCAGGAGACGGAGAAAAAAGGGAAGAAUCCGCAGGAGCAGAAAUCUUUCUUUGCUAAAUACUGGUAUUUGAUACUGGGAGGUGCUAUCUUCCUCAUGGCCACCAAUUCGGCACAGCCCCCAGCAGGGGGAGGCAGAGAGCAGAGCUGAUUCCCACUGAAUGGAUGUACAUCGUGCCUCUCGUCCUCUUCCUGAUGAUGUCAGGCGCUCAGGACCAGUCGGGGGGCGGGGCCGGGGGCGGAGCUGGCAACGGGGGUGGACGUUGAUGACGAACUGCUAACGCGUGACUUUUUUUUUUUCCUUCCCUGCAAUGAUGUUGAACUGCUGUACUUGUUACUGUAGUUGACUUUUUAAUACCACUGUGAAGACGGGAGAAUAAAGUAUUUAUUACUCACUGAUUGAGCUGUUUACCUGCCAGAAUGUGCAAACGCGGCAGGCGACGCUUUCUCUUGUAGUAACACUGUUAAUUUUAGAGCUGAUAUCGGACUAAACAUAGUUGGGAUACGUGACAGGCUCACCUUCCACUGGUGAUGUAAGGCUUGGGAUUCAAAACAGCAGCUUGAGUAGUUUACUUGGGGCUCAGAUUGAAUAUCCCGGACUUUAUAUGACAAGUCCGAUGAGAUGGAUUCAAUUGUGACAGACUACGUCCCUGAUCAUAGCAGUCGUAUGAGCCAAAUAUGCUCCCUAAAGGCUGUGAGCAGCAUAGUCAUGACAACAGUAAGAUGCUGAGCGAUUGCUAGAAUCUGGUAAUUGGACUGUGGCACCUUUUAAAAUAAAUACAUAGGACUGUCAAUGUUUAAUUAAUUAAUUUAAAAAAUAUUGAAUCAAAAUAAGUUGUUCAACUUUGAAACAUUUUUUGUAAAAACAUUUGCAUAUUUUGUUUUCUCAAAAAAACUAUACCAUUUUCUUUGACAAAAAAAAGGCAUAAAACAAACAAAUUGGGGGAAAAAAAUGUAUUAUUGAGAGACAGAUAUGGAGUUGAUCUAGAGACUUAAGUGCCGAAAGUUUUUUUUUUUUUUUAAUAUUUUUAACACUUAUGAUACCCAAGAAUUUUAGUGGGAUUUUAUUUUAAACUAUUAUUGCUCAAAAAUAAUGAAUUACAAUACAUUUUGCCAGGAACUAUUUAUGGAAGGCUCCAAUUACUUUACAUGAAAUAUUCCACGUUGAAAUGUUUUGGGGUUGGCUGUAUAUUUUGUCUUUGCCAUUAAAACAGGGUUUUCUUUGACAAAAGGACAUAAAACAAACACAUUGGAAAAAAACAAACAAUGACAACUUAUGAUCUGAAGUUAAGGAGUUUUAAGUGUUGAAAAGUGUGACCUUUUUUUUUUUUUAACACUUUUUUGUAAGUUGGGCCUUUUUGGUGAAUUUUUGUGAAAACAUUUUUAAACUGUCAUUGCGCAAUAAAGUCAUUAAAACAAUGCUGUUGUGAA